AUGGAGACCGAAACAACGGUGCUCAAUGAUCAUGGUCGAACUAUGCGUGUUAUUAUGAGAGAAGGACAAUCAUCGAGACGAUCAUUAUUAUGUGACAAUCCAUUACCUGGAAAUAUUCUUCAAUUUAAUAUUGUUAGUUUCUAUUCUCAUCAUUGUUCUUCUCAAAGAAAUAUAACAUGCAGAAAACAAUUUUUAAAAGAAAUUGAAAUUAUGUUCAAUCAAAUGUUAACAAUGCCUGCGACGAUUCAAUUCGAUAAUGAUCAUUUCAAAAGAAUCGAUAUUAAAAUAUGUAGUAUCACAGAAAUGACAGAAGAAGAUGAAGAAAAAUUGGAUACAACAGCAGGGAUGCGAGGAAGACAAGCAAAGAAAACUCUAGCAUCCAUUGUAAAACAAAGAAAACAUGUGAGAAAUCAUCCAAUCGAUGAUGUAGACUCACAUAUUGCAUCAAAGAAGUCUAAGUGUGAUCAAAGUAUCGGCAAAAUUGCUCACGUUCAAAUAACUGGUGAACAUGGAUCACAUAUUGAGGACGAUGCACAAACAAAUGAUAUUUCAGAGAAUAAUGAAAAUCGGCAACAACUAUCUAUUACAUUCUAUGAAGAUACAACAUAUCGACUACAUUUUCGAUUCGAUUGUAGUGAAGAACAUGCCAGAUUUCCAUAUGAUAAUAAAUGUGAUCUUGCUCAAAAUGUGAAUGUAUGGAUUGAUUUCAAUGAUAAUGAUUUUAUUGAUGCAGAAACUCUCGUUCCCCAUAGUUCAUGGUCAAAUAGUUACAUACGUGGUAAUUCAUAUGAUUUAAAUAUACAUAUACCUAUUAUCGACAGUAUAAUGACAAAAUUUGGACUUCAUCGCAUGCGUCUUGCUGUAAUUCCGACGGAAAAUUAUUAUAAAGAAUGUGAUCCUACUGACUUCAAAGACACACGAGAAUACACAGUCAAUAUUCUUCCAAAAGCAGCAAGUGCAGAUAUCGUCGAUAGAGCUAUUUCAGAAACAGUCGAUGAAGACUCAGUUUGUUCUAUGAAUACUGGUCAGAUUGUUGUUGUUAUAAUGGCAGGAGAACGAGGAACAGAAAUUAGAGAUGAUCAACCAACACAAACGUUACAAAAUGAUAAUUAUAAUCGACAUCAUAUGGAUGUUACAAUUUAUGAACAUACUGUCUAUCUGAUACGUAUUCAAUUAGAUUGUCUUUCACAAUUGGACAUUGAUUUAUUUGAAAAUGGUUGUAAUCUUGCUCAAGAUGUAAAAGUAUGGAUUGAUAUAAACAAUGAUGGAGAAUUUGAUGAAGCAGAACUUGGAGCUCUUUAUCGUUGGCCAAUAACAAGUUAUAUGGCGCAAGGAAUUUACGAUUUACAAAUAUAUAUUCCUUUACUCGAUAGAAAACAUAUAACAACUGGACAACAUAAAAUGCGUAUUGUCGUUCUGCAUACUGAAAACUAUCGAAGAAUUUGUGGUCGUUCUAAUUAUAAUGAAACACGUGAAUAUAAUGUUAAUAUUGUUUCAAGAGGAGAACAUCAAGAUGUAGCCAAUGUUGCGACUCCUCAUGUAGUAUUAAAUGACAUUGAAUGUUCUGUUCAUCUUGGUAAAAUUAUUUUUGUUAUAAUAGCUGGUGAACAUCAAACACAGAUUCGAGAUGAUUCAUCAGCAAAUGCUAUACUGAAUAAGAAUAAUCAUAAGCAACCACAUCAUACUAUUAUAUUAUAUGAAAAUACCGUCUAUCAAUUACGCAUUCAACUAGAUUGUAGUCGACAAAUGCGUAAUGAUUUAUUUCAGUACAGUUGUAGCGUUCUUUAUGAUGUAAAUAUCUGGAUUGAUCUAAAUGAUGACGGUCUAUUUGAUACUUCAGAAAAUGCAGCUCCUUAUCGUUGGCCAUUUAGUAGUUUUACACCACAAGGUAUUUAUGAUUUACAAUUAUCUAUACCUAUUCUUGAUGCAAAGAAAACAACAAGCGGACCACAUCGAAUGCAACUUAUGGUAACAAUGAAUGAACAGUAUCGCAAAAAAUGUGGUGAUGAUGGCUACAAAGAAAUACGAGAAUAUACUGUUUCUAUUAUUCCAAGCACAAGACAAAAAAGUGAUAUCAGUGCUUCUUCUCUUGUAUUGAGCGAUGCUGUAUGUUCUCAAAAGAAUCCCAAGAUUGCACUUGUUAUUAUGACUGGCGAAAAAGGAACACAGAUUCGAGACAAUAUACAGGCACAUACUUCAUUAGGUGAACAUCAAAAUCGACAUCAUUUGGCUGUUACUUUAUAUGAAAAUACUAUAUAUCGAAUACGUAUUCAAUUAGAUUGUUUUUCGCAUUGGAAAGGAGGUUUUCCUGAGAGCAAUUGCAAUGUAGCACAAGAUGUCGAUGUUUUGAUUGAUUUUAACCAUGACGAAAUAUUUGACGAAAUAGAAAGUCUUGUUCCGCAUCGAUGGCCAUUACUUAGUUCUAUGUCAUUAGGCAUUUAUGAUUUACACAUAGAUAUACCUGCUAUUGAAGAAAAUAUAAAAAGUGGCUCAUAUCGUAUGCGCAUUGUUGUCAUGCCGAGUGAAGAAUAUCACAAGAAAUGUGGUCAAAGUGAUUAUCGUGAGACACGAGAAUAUACCGUCAAUAUUAUUCCAAAAGCAGUAGAUCAAGAGUUGAUAAAUCAAUUCGCACCUGAACCAAAAACUGAUGAAUCGACAGAUUUCAAAGCCACGUAUUGUUCCCCUGGCAAUCUUGUCUGCUCAGAUGGUAAUAGUGGUAUUUCUCUAGUAAAAUUAGUUGGUGAGCAAGGUACACAGAUUAACGAUGAAUAUAAACAAUGCAAUUCGAUGAAUAAUUAUCAUGAUCGAAGUAAUCUAGUCGUGACACUAUUAGAAGAUACACCUUAUGAUUUUCGCAUUAAGUUACAUUGUAUUCAACAAUGGAAUAAUAGAGAUUCGUCUAUUCAAGAUUCAUCUUUAGUUGAAAUAGACUGUAAUCAUGCUCAAUAUUUAGGUAUAUGGAUUGAUUUAAACAACGAUGGAACAUUUGAUGAAAAUAAAGAAAGAAUACUUCCUGGUGAUUGGGAUGAAGAUGAUCAAUAUACAACUCAAUAUGAUUUAAGUCUUGUUAUUCCAAAGAUAGAUGAUAAUAUUUAUUCAAGUCAACAACAUCGAAUGCGUAUUUUACUUACACAAGAUAAAAGAAAUAUUAAACCAUGUUACAGUACUGGUUAUGGUGAAGUACGUGAUUAUACAGUACAGAUUACAUCGAAGUCAUUGUAG